AUGCAAGGUGUUUUAUUAUGUCUUGAUAACAAUCAUGUUAUUGUUGAUGUUUCUAGAACAAUUAAACGUUAUAUGGGUUUUGAUCAAACUGAUGUUAUUGGACUAUCAAUAUUAUUGUUAAUUGAAGAUUCCGAGAGAGAUGUAUUUUUCAAAUUUCUAACCAAUACUCAACAACAAAUCGAUUUAUGUAAUGUUCGAAUGAUGUACGGUUUAACGAAUGAAUAUCGCUAUGUCAAAGUUCAUUGUAAAAAGAAAGCCAGUCCUCACGAUGAUAUUGAAUCGUACGAUCUUCCUCAUUCAUCAACGGGCACAGCUACCGUGUGUACAAUAUUAGUAUUGACACAAAAUGAUGCAUCUUAUAUUGACAUAAAUUUGUUUGAUAUAAAUAAACAGGAAUUUUAUACAAAAAUGAAUUUAAUGGGCGAAAUAACGUUGGAAGAUCAUAGAGGAACACUUAUUACCGGAUAUCUUCCAAAUGAAAUCAUUCGUCAGUCUAUUUUUAAUUUUGUUCAUCAAGAUGAUUUACUCAUUAAACUUCAUGGACUAUGGAGAUGUUUCACUACCGGAUUGAGUAAAUUACAAUGGCGUCUGAAAACAAGAGAUGGAAAUAUUGUUUAUUUACAAACAGAAUACGUACUUGUAUCCGGACAUAGUGAUUCAUCAGAUACAAUUGUUGCAAGAAAUGAAGUUUUAAAUUCAGACGAACGUGCAAAAUUUCUUGAAAAUCAAAAAAAUAUUAAAUUACAAUGUGCAGAAGAAAUGAAAGGCCAUCAUUCAUUUUUCAAGAAAAUACCAAAUGAUCAACACCAGUACAAUAAAAAUGAGACGAACCAUAAUGAACAAUACUUUUGUAAAUUAUCUAUACCAUCUAUAAAUAUGUGUUUUACAACGUCAAAAAACAAGUUGAAUCCUAUACAUGUAAAUGGAAAUAUAUUUCAUCAGAAUAAAACCACUCGACCACUGAAUAUUCAGGAUUAUAUUGACAUACUCAUUGAUAAUGAAAAAUGGAUUGAUAAUGAAUUACAAAGUAUGAUUAAUGAUAUACAAUCAUUAACAGCCAAAUAUCGUCGAAUACAACAACAACAACAACAACAACACACCCACUCAUCAGGCGAAUCACGAUCUUUGCGUGAUACAUCUGAUGUUGAUGAUAAAUCUUCGACAAACCAUAAUGAUGGUGAUACUACUUCUAAAACAUUGCCACAUCAAUUAUUUCUUCUGAGGAAGAACAGUACAAACAAUAGUACUGGCAAUUUUUGUACGAUGUCAGAAGAGCCAAAUUUUCUAUCAUUACUAUUACCAGAGGAUAAUCGAAAAAAACGUGAUACUGAUUCUAUUGUACGCGGUAUUUUGAGUAAUUCGUUAAAUUACAAUCCAGAUAAUAAGCAAUCAGAUUCAUCAACAUCAUCAGCUUUGAUAAAUGAUACAAACCCUCCUCUUCCGGCACAUAUGAAUGAUGAUAAUUCACCUGCGAUACAACAGAUUCCAUGCAAUCCACGAGGACAGAUAGUACCAUCAUUAAAAGAUCAACAACAGAAUGAUCCUAUGAAGCAACAUACUGAAUUUUUAAAAAAAUAUCAUGCAGCUAAAACAAAAUUAGAACUUCAGUUACAAUCAAUUAUUUUACAAGAAAAAGAUUCAAUGAAUAAUGGAUCAAUGACAGAGUUAUCAAAAUCAAAAACUACAACAGUCACCAAACUCCUUCAAUUGGAACAGAUUAAAGCAAAGCAUAUGGCAAAAACAUUUGAGCCACAUCGUCACUCUGGACAAUAUACUAAUAAUCAAGAUAUUUUAAAUACGACGUUUUCAAACUCAAUGGAUGAUACAACACAAUUCGAUCCGUCCAAUAAUCUGUUUUCAAAUUAUCACCAGCAACAGCAGCAGCAACAACAGCAGCAGCAACAACAGCAGCAGCAACAACAGCAGCAGCAACAACAGCAGCAGCAGCAACAGCAACAGCAGCAACAGCAGCAGCAACAGCAGCAGCAACAACAGCAGCAACAGCAACAACAGCAAUCACAAACUUUUAUGUCAAGGCCUCCACAACAAAUGCCGUUCGAUUAUACUCCUCAGAAUCAUUCUAUGUAUCCAAAUCAACAAGGACCACUCUAUCAAUCGUUAUCUCCAUCAUUUCCGAAAUUACUACGUCAAGAACUAACUGAAGAAUUUCUUAAACUAUACGAUAGUCUACCAGAAUGGAAUGGAAUUAAGCUUUCAAACGCCAAAGAGCAAAUUCGUCAAUUACAAGAAUUGUCUGACAUUGAGUUUGAGCAGUAUAACAUUGAACUCGAGAGAAACAACGACAAACUGGCUGACAACAUUGGUAACAUUGCUAAAAUGUCCAACUCAAUGGAUGUUAAUAAUGAAACCAAUGGAAGUCAUAACAGCGCCGAUAACAACAAGUAUAAAUUAAUUCAAAAUGAUAGUUAUCAAGAACAAGAAUAUUAUAAAUCAUCAAACACAUCUUGCAGUAGAUUGCCUGUCAUAGAAAAGAAAAAGCAAGAACAUGAAACGAAAGCAGUAGACGAUUUCGCCCAUUAUGAGGCGUGUACAACUCCAUCAAAAAAUGUUUUACAAUCGUCAUUUCAAAAAAAUCCAUCUAGUUUGAACACUUUAUCAUCGAAAAAUGUUUAUUCAAAUGCAAUGAAUUCAUCCGAUGUGUAUGCUCGUUUUACUUCACCAGUAUCACAGUUUCAACAUGAGAAGGAUGAGACAAAAGGACGAUUAUUUAUCGAUGUUGAGCAAUAUAAAAAGACGAUUUCAUCACCAUUUUAUAAAACACAAGUGCCAUCCGCGUGUCCACCAAUCGAAGCCAGUGAACUCAUUCAGCAGCAGCAACGUGCGGCAAAUCAUGCAACAACGUUUUUGGAUAAAACAGCAAAAAAUAGUUCGAUGAAAAACGCUCAAAAUAGUAGUAGUAAUAAUAAUUCGUCAGCACCAACAUCGCAUCAUAAUGAACAUGAAGAUAAAACGUUCGGCUAUUUUAUACCAUCAUUAAAUACAAUUGAUAAACAGAAAGAACAUUUGUCUACCUUCUCAUUUUCAUCAUCGCAUAAACCACCAUCAAUUGAUGAUAGUGAUGAGCAAGAUGAUGAAGAUAGAAACGAUAAGAUCAAAUUAGAACUAUCUAAUCAAUAUAAGUCCACAAAGUCUUCAAAUAUUGCUUGUUUACACCUAGAUCAAGAUGAGGAAACCGAAGAACAAGAAUUACCAUCACUAAAUGAGAAAAGUCCACUUUUAAAAUUAAAUACUUUAACAGCAACAAAAAAGGCUAAAAUUGAUGAUAAUUCAUACAAUAUAGUAUCAGCUUAUGGUACAAAUCUGUCUUCAUCACAUGAUCUACGACAACAUGCAAAACUAAUUCCAACAACGAGUGGCUAUAAUUCACACGGUUCGUCAACAACAAAAUCGUCAUCAGACAAUAGUGGUAGUACACGUACAGAAUCAGAUAUUGAUGAAAUUCCCAGUGACGAUGAACAUCAUAAUCUAACAAAUAACACUCAUAAACAUUAUCAAUUACCUGAACCAUUGACCAUUGACACUAAUACAGCUCUAGGUCAUACACUAAAUAAAAAAACAACCACAUUUCCCUCUAUUUGUAAUAGAUCAUCGACUGAUUCUAAAGGCAUAACCACGUCGACGUUAGGCACUACGUUGUAUCAGAAUGUCAAAAAUAAAAGUACAUCACUAUAUGUGGACGAUGAUCGAUUCACACCAGGUGAUGGCAGUAAUUACAAUUUGACAAACAGUUCUCAGAGUAAUCAUAAUGAUGAUGAUGGACCUGAUUACUGUUUGUUAACAGUUGACACAACGGCAAAAUCACCUGAUUAUCCUCAAAAUCAUCCAUCAUUGCCUUCUUCCUGGGCUUCGUUUAAUUCAAAUCAAUUUCUAACACAUACUAUUGCUACAACUGCACCAUCAGCUUCAUCAUAUUCGCCUUCCAUUUUAACAAACAGCGGUAAUACAUCCACUUCAACAUCCUCUAGUCAUAGUUUUUUAUUCGAUAGCGGUCAAAAUUCAGCUCGAAAUAAUCGUCUUGGACCAACUCGCACUGCAAAAGGAAAACGUAAACCGAAUCAACAAGAAAACCCAAUCAGAGCUGAGUUAAUUCCUGGACAUCGAGGUGAUCAAGAAAUAGAUAAACUACUUAUGUUUAUUGAUGGUGAUGAUAAUAAUUGUGAUUCAACGUUGGAACAAAAAAAAGACAAUCAGCGUAAUCGUCGUAGUACUACGAACACGAACGUAAAUUAUAAUACUAUUGCAACUACAUCUCAUUCGAAUACUACAAACACUACUAUGACAGCGACUAUGAUUAAUCGUGACGGUUCGUCUUUCGUAUCGACUUCGCCUUUAUCUUAUUCAAAUCUCGGCUCACAAUCAAAACGAAAAAGUCGAAAACCCGUUAAAAUCGUCAACAGUAGUCGUGAUCAAUCACAAUUAAUUGUUGAAAAUAAUUCAAUAGAGAAACAUUUAGUUGACGAAUCUUCAAUCGGUUAUAUCGAUGAAGAUGAAGAAACGGUGAAUAUACUAUCGAAAUCAAAUGAACAAUCACAUUCCAAAGACAAUACUUCUAUUGAUAUUAAUAAUGAUGACGAUAAUAAUAAUUCAAUGAACGAGAUAAAACAAGAAAUUAAUAAUUCAACUACAUCUUUAAAUGAAGAACGAACAAAUUCCACAAAUAGUGUUGCAAAGGACUCCGCUGAAAUAAGUAUUGAGCAAAGUAUUAUAGAAUUACAAACACCAGUUAUUGCGUCAGAAACAAAUCGACCAUCAUCACCGAUGUCAAAUUUGUUAUUUCCAAGUGGACGUUCAACCGAAAAUGAGCCAUUUGUUACUGUUACACACCGUCGACGAACAACAAAGGAUCGUCGAACAAUCAGUUCUCAUGAGAAUAAUAAUAAUAGUCAAACCAUCCCACAAGCACCACCUCUAAUUCGUACACCACGUUAUCCGUUGAUAAAUUCUUCUUCCAUUGAAAAACAGCGUAAUAUUUCUAAUAUAAAGACAAAAAAUGAACAAUCGAAACAGCAACAACAAUCGACAAAUAAAAAUAUAAUUGAAGAUAAACAACCGAGUGAAUUAAAACAAAAUGAUCCAUUACAAUUAGUAACAUCUGCAAAACUAACAUUUCCAGAGCCGACUCUUCUUCCGUCACCUUCAACAGAGCCACAAUCACCCACUACUACCGCUAAUAAUAAUAGUGAAAUAAAUGUUUCUCCACUCGUUCCUGGUUUAUCAUCUCAAUCUUCUUCAUCGACAUCAUCCUCAUCACCAUUAAUGAAAAAACCGUCAAAAUCAACAGAAAAUAGUCUGUCAAAACAGCCACCACCGCCUGUCGUAUUCUUAAACAGUGCUGGACAACAAAUUUUAGAUGAUAUUGCAUUGUCAACACAACUAAAUGGUUUAACAUUCGGUUUUCAUGAAGAUGUUAUGUCUUCUAGUGAUGAUAAGACAUCGAAAAUACAAGUCGAACAAAUGAAUGCAUUCACUAUUGACCAACAAAAAGUGAGCAGAAGACAAAAGAAAAAAUUGUUGUAA